AUGUGCGGUAUCUGGGCUUUGUUCGGCAGUGAUGAGUGCCUGUCAGUGCAGUGCACCAGUGCCAUGAAGAUCGCUCACAGGGGCCCCGAUGCCUUCCGCUUUGAGAACGUCAACGGCCUCACCAACUGCUGUUUUGGCUUCCACCGAUUGGCUAUCGUGGACCAGCUGUAUGGCAUGCAACCCUUACGCAUCAAGAAGUUUCCUUUCUUGUGGCUCUGCUACAACGGAGAGAUUUACAACCAUCUCACACUGAGGAAACACUUUGACUUUGAUCACCAGACUGAGGUGGAUGGUGAGAUUCUGCUCCAUCUGUAUGACCGCUUUGGCAUCCAGGAGAUGGCUUCUCACCUGGACGGUGUCUUUGCUUUUAUUCUGCUGGACACCGCCAACAGAAAAGUCUAUUUGGGAAGAGAUACGUACGGAGUGCGGCCUUUGUUCAAACUCCUCACAGACGAUGGAUUCCUUGCAGUCUGCUCAGAAGCCAAAGGACUCACAAACAUUACCCAUGCGAUGGCUACCCCUGCCAACGUUGUCCCCUUCCCCCCUGGGCACUUUGAGGUCUUUGAUUUGAAGCAGAACGGCAAAGUUCAGUCCAUUCAGAUGGCGCCGUUUCACUGCUGCACCAAAGAGCCCGCUCAUGCCAAAUACGACACUGUGGAGAGACUGCCUACAGGUUUCAAUGAGGAGACAGUGAAAAGCAACAUCAGAUUGCUGUUUGAGAACGCUGUAAGGAAUCGUCUCAUGGCUCACAGGAGGAUUGGCUGUCUUCUGUCAGGUGGUCUGGACUCCAGUUUGGUCGCUGCGAUGCUGGUAAAGCUGGCCAAGGAGGAGAAGCUGCCGUAUCCCAUCCAGACGUUUUCAAUCGGGUCAGAGGACAGUCCAGACAUAAUAGCUGCUCGCAAGGUUGCGGCUCACAUUGGCAGUGAACACCACGAGGUGAACUUCACUGCAGAAGAAGGAAUCCAAGCUGUGGAGGAGGUGAUCUUUCACCUGGAGACGUAUGACAUCACCACCGUACGUGCCUCUGUCGGGAUGUACUUGGUGUCAAAGUACAUCAGGGAGAAGUCAGACAGUGUGGUGAUCUUCUCUGGAGAGGGCUCUGAUGAGCUGACUCAGGGAUACAUUUACUUCCAUAAGGCUCCAACUCCCAAAGCAGCUGCAGAGGACAGUGUUCGACUGAUGAAGGAGCUCUACCUGUUUGAUGUCCUCCGUGCCGAUCGCACCACCGCUGCACAUGGUCUGGAGCUCAGAGUGCCUUUCCUGGAUCACAGGUUCACAGCGUACUACCUUUCUCUGCCUGAGGAGAUGAGGGUCCCCAAGCACGGAGUGGAGAAGCAUCUGCUGAGGGAUUCCUUCAAGGAUGUCAACCUGAUCCCAGAUGAGAUCCUGUGGAGGCGUAAGGAGGCCUUCAGUGACGGGAUGAUGUCUGUGAAGAAGUCCUGGUACGUCUGUCUGCAGGAGCACCUGGAGUCUAUGGUGAAUGAUGACGAGAUGGAAAAGGCUCACAAGACGUUCCCUCACGUCCCUCCAUCCACCAAGGAGGCCUACUAUUUCAGACAGGUGUUUGAGAAACACUACCCAGGCCGGUCUGAGUGGCUCUCCCAUUACUGGAUGCCCCGCUGGACCAACGCCACUGACCCAUCAGCCCGGACCCUGGCUAUCUAUAAACCUGAUAAAGACCAGUGAUUCACUGGAGCAGCUGCGUCUGUCAGUCAGCAACAUGUUGGCCUUCUUAGAGAAUUCUGUCUCAUGCUUAGCUUUACUUUGUUAAAACUCAGAUUCAGAUUAACUUAUUUGGAGCUAGUUACACUGUACAUGAAGUUUGUCACACUGUGAUGGGGUUUGUCAGACUCUGAUGUAGCAGUACCAAGAAACAAUUCAACAGAGGCUUUCUUUGCCUGAGCUGGCUCGUCAAACCCAAAAGCCUCAGUCAGACAUAAUGGGUGCCACAAAGGUGGUUAUCAAGUUUCCUCUGUUUGCCAUGUCUUUCUUCCUCAGGCUCCUUACAUGUUCCCAUGAAACGAGUCAAAUGACGUGUUCAGUGCGUCACUCUUAAAAUUGGUUGAUGGCGUGCCGCCUUCUUCGACCUUUGAAGAAUAUAAAGAAAGGAUCACAGGAUAAAGCAGGAGGAGGAAAAAGCAUGCAGGCAGGAAAUGACUAAUAGUGUAAAUUCAGUUAAUAUGAGUAUUUUAACACUCCGUUCAUUUUUAACAUGACAGCUGCACGUUCUUUAAAGGAGCUAUAUGUAAGAAGUCUAAAGCAAAUAGUCAUAAAAUCCUCCUAAUAUGUCACAGAGACUA